GCUUUUGUUCGCUUCAAAAUAAAUAUUUCAUAAAUAAUGCAACCAUAUCUCAAUUAAGAGUAUAAAUCAAACAAAAAUCGGUAAAAUUAAAAUAAGCGCUCAGUGUCUGCUCAUCUAUUCAGUGAUUUCUUUUUUUAUUUGUUUGUUUUGACUUCUAAUUAAGUGUUAUUAUUUUUUUUCUGUGGUUUUAAAUAUGCUGGGAGACAAAGCAUUAGAACUCAUAAAGCAGAUACAGAGAUGUGAUUACUUGAAUCCAAUUCAAGAUGAAGUAAUGAAACAAGUGUUUGAAGAAAUGAAAGCUCUUUUUGAAGAAAAUCAAGCAGAUGUCAAUGCCUCCAGAGCUGGUGAAAGUCAAUAUCAUUCUGCCAUUCAGUUGCGGCAUGCUGUACUUUUGAGGAACCGGAGAUGUGUUUUGGCAUAUUUAUUUAAUCGCUUGCAGAUGAUAAGGGAUAUUAGAUGGGGCUUUGGAGCUAUUUUGCCUCUGGAUGUUAGAUCAUGUUUAUCAGAAUCUGAAGUAAAUUGGUUCACUUCUUACAGCCGUAAUAUUGUAAAUUAUAUGUCAGCUAUUGGAGGGACUGGACUUGACCUCUUCACUAAUAUGCAACCUCCAAAAUCUUUAUUUAUACAGGUAAGGUGUCUUUAUGAUUAUGGCGACUUUGAAACUAGUGAUGGAAAUACUGUGGUUUUGACAAAAAAUAGUACACAUUUUCUUCAACGAACAGAUUGUGAAAAGCUGAUUCAUCAAGGAGUUCUGGAACAUAUAACUGCAUGAAAUGUGUUGAAUUAUAAAUACUGUGCAUAUAUUUUAAAACUUGUCAUUAAGUACUUUAAAUACAUCUAUACACCAAUCUUGUGUCUUCUUUUAAAAUUAUCUAAAUUUAUUACAUUUAGUAAACACAAGCAUAUGCAUACUAAGUAUAAAAAUUUAUUUUUUUCUAUUUGCAAAGUUUUUGUUAGUGAGUUAGAGAUACUUUUCCUCUUUACAGUUCACUCAUUCCCUCCACACAUGGUGUUGUUCUUAGGUGUUGUCAGGCAUAUUUGAUAAUGCAUCAUCCCUUCAGCUCCCUUGCUCCAAAGAAGUUAUAGUAGCAAGCCAUUAGAAAAACUCUGUUUGGUUUGGGCAAGCCCUUAAGUUUUAUCAUUCUUUUCAGAUUUUCCGUUUCUUUUAGUAGAUUAAGAGUUCAUUGAUAGGUUGGAGGUAUGGACAUAAAGUGUGGUAAACUCCUAGUAAAACAUCCGUGGAAUAAAAAAAGCUGUUUGAAAAAGUGUUGGAUUCAUCGUGCAAAAUGAGCAAAAAUUUUUUAGUUUACUAGCGACAAUUGUGGGUGUAAUUUCCUAUUAUUGAUGAGGGCCGUUCCUCCAGAAUGAAGAUCUCUUCAUUUUUUUUAUUAAUUAAGUUUUCAGAUAUGUCUGUUUGAUAAAUGUUUACAAUUCCUUCUUUUGGAGACGUUAGCACUUUUUUUUUUGUCACAGAAUUGAGCAUCAGUGCUGUGAAGAGUACAUUACCAGCAAACCAGAACAAGGCAUGCCUUCACAAAAAAUAAUGUGAACACAAACUCAUUGCAUACUCAGCAGAACAGAGGCAGGAUUUUCAUUUAAAACAUAAAUCCAGUAUAGGGCACAAUGUCACUGGAACAGGAAUUAGAGGCUUCAUAUAGAGUGUAGGGUACACUAUCAACAGGAAAGGAACAAACAUUCACAAAACAGGCCAUUCCUUUACAAAAAAUGUUCUAAACAUUUAUCACAGGACAAGAACAGGCAUUCCUUGUACUAUGUUGGUUGCAGCUCUCAGGAGAACUCUCAAAAAUUAAUUUCUCUCUUGGAUAUCAGUAAGUUUUUUAAUCCAAUGAAAAAUUUCAAUUGCAUUACUACAUAACUCUUAUUAAUAAGAAAAGUACACUUCAAUAACAUUGUAAACAAAUUAUAAUUUUAUAAAUUUACUUAUCCAAGAUAAUAGUACAAAAAGCUUUCUGGAUAUGAGUAGUAAUAAAAUAAUUUUCGACAGUAACAUUCUUCAAAAAUUGUAUUCACUCUA